AUGCUACCAGAACGCCCUUCGGUCGAGGAUCGGAUAGCCCUUGUCAAAGGUUGCUUCCUUCCGCUAUUGGUCUUCAAGGUGGCUGCUCGUACAGCACUGAACACACGUGAAUCUGACGAGGUGCUAUGCAUGUGCAAUUUCUCCUACAUUCCGCGGGACGUCGGCAAGCUGUACAACGAUUGCUACCACUGGAACAAUGGGCUUGUGGAUCGUGUGCUGGACGAUCUCGUGCAUCCAUAUCGAGUAUGGGGUCUCCGUGAAGAGGGAGGUCGUCUGUCUGUCUGCUAUUCUCGCGAUAAACCCUCUUUA